AAAAUGGCUAAUCUCACCGCUCUUAGCAUGUAAAACACCCACGCCAACCUCACCCUCACCCUCGCCAUCUUCUCCUUUUCCACCUCAACUCUUUUACUUUCCAUCAAUACCCAUACGCAACUGGUCCGACCUACGCUUUUAUCAGGGACAAUUCCGUACUUCUAUUCCUUUUCUCUCUCCGCUGUCACCCAACCAAUGGGUAUUCCGACCAGCGACGAUGUGGUUUUAAUCCAACAUGCUAAAACCUCCGCCGACCCCUCUGUCGUCACCGUCAAUUGCCCCGACAAGGCCGGCCUCGGCUGCGAUCUCUGCCGUAUAAUUCUCGAGUUUGGCCUUUCCAUCACUCGUGCUGAUUUUUCAACAGAUGGAAGAUGGUGUUACAUAGUAUUUUGGGUGGUUCCAGACUCGACCUCUUCAUCACAUAAGCUCGAUUGGGAUAGCUUGAAAAACCGGCUCUCUUUUGCUUCCCCUCCCUGUUUGAUUCCAUUCUAUUUUGAUCAGAAAUCUAAUGGUCCGUCGUUGCCUCCCCUCUAUUUGUUGAAAUUUUGUUUUGUUGACCGGAAAGGAUUACUACACGAUGUUACUAAAGUACUUACUGAGCUUCAAUUUACAAUUCAAAGAGUAAAAGUGAUGACAACACCUGAUGGGAAGGUUGUAGACCUGUUCUUCAUCACAGAUGGCAUGGAACUUUUACUCACUGAAAAAAGGCGAGUUGACACUUGUAGACAUCUGUUUGCUGUUUUCAAAGAGUAUUGUAUCAGUUGUGAACUUCAAUUGGCAGGGCCUGAAUAUGAAAGUCUCCAGAAUUUCUCUUCCCUCCCAUUGACAAUUGCAGAGGAAUUGUUUAGCUCCUGUACCCAAGCAAUUUUAAUGGAUACAUCAUCAUCGAAGAAGGCCAGUGUUACAGUAGAUAAUCAUUUGAGCCCAGCUCACACAUUGCUACAAAUACAAUGCAUUGAUCAGAAAGGCCUAUUUUAUGACAUAUUGAGAACGUCAAAGGACUGCGAUAUCCAGAUAGCUUAUGGUAGAUUCUCUUCAAGUGUGAAAGGGCACCGUAAUGUCGAUCUAUUUAUUCAGCAAUCUGAUGGGAAGAAGAUAAUAGAUCCUAAGCUUCAGCUUACAUUGUGCUCUCGUUUAAAAGCAGAGAUGCUCCAUCCAUUUCGAGUAAUUGUUGUCAACCAAGGCCCAGAUACUGAACUCUUGGUUGCUAACCCUGUCGAAUUAUGUGGGAAGGGAAGACCUCGUGUUUUCUAUGAUGUUACUUUGGCUCUAAAAACAUUAGGAAUCUGCAUUUUCUCGGCUAAAAUUGGAAGACACUCAACUGAGGAUCGACAAUGGGAAGUCUACAGAUUUCUUUUAGAUGAAAAUUGUGAAGUUCCAAUUGCCAGUGCUAAAUCCAGAAAACAAAUAGUGGACAGAGUUAGAAAGACACUGAUGGGCUGGUAACAUGAUCUGCAUUUUAAACAUGCUGGUGAGAACAGUUUUUUGGUCCCAAAAUUACACUCGAGUUCCCACAUAUCUGCACAGCAAGAAGAAUCUCAUUUGCUGAUGUUCGAUCAAAGCCAUUAGUAUGAUCUUUGCCAUAUUGCUGGGCUUGUUCUUCUGUGCUAUAUGGUGCCAUGAAUUAUUGGCUUCAUCUUUUCCACCAUGGUCACAGAAUCAUCCAUCCAGAGCGUUCCUGUGACGAUUCGCUGUUGUAAAUAUUGAAGUUUUUGUUCUUCUUGUUGUAUUAUUAAUUUUACUUCAAGUUUUGGUUCAUUUUCUUUGAUGGAGUAGUUAUGUAGAAAACCAUUGGUUUGAUCCAGUGAUAUGAAGUGUUAUGCUCUUUUUUUUUUU